GUCAGCGUCGCAGAUGAACCAGGCUCUAUUGCGGAAAUGCCGCAGAUUGCGGCUUCCGACCAUCGGGCAGAUUCACAAGAUGGAGAUGCCAGAGCUCCGGGCGGCGCUGCUUCGCAAGACGAAAACGAGCGAGCAGAUCCUCCACGCCAAGGAGAUGCCGGACGAAAUUUGGCAAGCGUACCUGUACCGCUGCAGUCUGUUGAAGGAAGAUUUCGAGCCGGGGGACAUUGCCAGUCUCUGCCACUUGCUCGGGAAGGUACGGCCCAAGUUUUUGCAGAAGCGGGUGCAAACGGGAACCAUGCGAAAAUCCCUGCUAGAACUGGCAUGCGACCAGGGAACAGGUGGGGCAGAACCGAGCACAAUGGGGGGCGACAGGUGCGCAGACUCUUCAAAUAAUGACACGACUACGAGUAAUCAUGUGCUCGACUAUCUACAUGAACAAAUUUCGUCCACCAACGAGACUUGUGCCAACAAGGAUAGUAGCCGCAGUGCCUUUAGUAUUGCUGCAAGCUCAACUUCUACGAACCCAACACGGGCCGAGGACUUUGUCUUCUACAUGGUUUCCGGUAGCAAACUCCACACCUUCCGCAUUUCGGACGUGGCCAUUCUGCUCAACGCGGUCACAAAAUUACUGCCGAUGGAGCUACAUGUCGUGUCACAGGUUUUACGACUUUCGACAGAUGAAGCAGAUCAAGAACGUCGUCACGAUUCAUCUGUUGAAAAUCAUCCUUCAACUACCAUGUGCGUUUCACAACUUUCCUUUUGGACGCAAAAAUUGAUCGAGACCACCAUCCUGCGACGAUGCAAUACCAAGACUCACGCGAAGGAUUUGGCACUGCUCUGCAGCGUUUUGGUAAGGCAGCAACAACGGCAUGUAGCUGGUAAUUCGAGCGCUUCUGCAGCAGACGUCGGGAAAAAUGUCACCACAUCGUCCGUUAAGCGCACGACAGCGAGGCAGAUUUGCACACCUGCGCUGCUGGACUUGUGUUUCGAGCGGGUUGCUAGCUGCCUGGCAGGGGAGCGGAUCGAGACGCUGAAUGAUCCGCAAACCGUCUCCAUGCUCCUGCACAGCUUCUGUGUGUACCAGAAUUUGGCCGCGACUACGGCGAGCGGUCAGUUCUCUACACGGAACGGUGAGAAAAUGAACGUAAGGCGUGAGGACAUCGAGGAAGAGGGGCAAGAUCUAGCACAGACGCUAAGUCAAGAGCCACACCACGACGAAGUAGAUCAUGUGCCCCACAAAACGAUAGUGCAAGCCUUGUGGCGCCAGUGUGAGAAGAAUCUGUCGAAGUUUCGCGGCUCGGAUUUGGUUCUGCUGCUUUGCACAAGGAACUUCGGAAGACCUGUAGCCACACAGCACGUUGUAACAGUAGAAGCGAACAGCGCGGCGUCUCGUCUUAAUCCUGAAGCGACCAAUAGCAUGUCUUCAUCUUCAAGAGCAAAGAGGUCUUCUACAGCGAGCGCAUCUUCCACCACUCUCUCCCUGCUGGAAACGGCAGAGGGUAUGCAGAGGUUCGAACGGCACCUGGUAACCCGUCUUUUCGAGCUCGCCCCGCCGGAUAUGGUGAGGAUCGGCAUUUCAGAGAAAAACCUUCCCUUCUCCGCGAGGUUCUGGCGACGCUUCUGGUACGAGCUGCAGUACCGCGCGCGGGAAUUCCGCGCCCUAAAUUGCGUCCGGUUGGUUGAGCACUUACUUUCGGAGUCUUCAGAGCAAGAUGAACAUCAAAAUUGGGACACACGAGAAAAGCACACGAACAUCAGCGUCAGAAGCGACGAAAUUGUCAACACGCUUCUUUGGCAGUUGUUGGCGCAAGUUGUGAAGCUCCGCAGCAUUGGUCCAGCACCUGAAGUAAAGUCAACAUCAAAUCACGACUACACAAAGGUCGGAGGCGGAACUUCUACCGGCAGCGCCGACGAUCCUUCUCUCGCAGGAGCGUCGGCCAUUAGCCCAACUUCCAGCAGUCAAGACGACGAUCUCGUGUGGUGGUGGCAUUUGGCUAGUCUACUAGCACAGCGACGGCAGGAGCACGCGACACGUGGUCGUGCUUCCGUACACACAAGAACUUCUCCGUCAACACCGGGACAAAUUGAGACUAACAGCGGAACAUCAGGGGUAAAGUUCUUCCGCCUCAUGAAGACCGCACUGCAAGCGAAAGCGAGAACUGUGCUUUUGCGCUUGCUGAGCUGCAACGAGCAGCGGGAGGAGGAACUGCGGAGAUACUUCGACUUUGUCGUCGAUCUCGGUUUGCACCCUUUCUCACGCACCGAUCUGGAGGAUAUCGUGCUUGGAUGUGUGCCUGAUUUUGAAAGGGAUGCGGACGCUUCUGAUCGCGACGACUUAAAAGAUGCAGCAGACAAAGACGGAGUGCCACCAGCACCAGACGAGAUGAAAGAAAAACACGCAGGGCAAGAACUAUUGCAGGAAGUUUUUGACGCGGAAGAUGAAUUACCUGCCUCUUCGUCGCCCGUCACUGCACAAUUGCGGACCCGCGUAUCCGGUUGGGGUGCAGAAACGAGAAGAAAAUUUGCGUUUCUCCUCGCGCAGUGCCGGGUAUCGAGGGCGUUUUUCGAGCAGUUCAGAGCUUCGCUGUAUCACCAUCCCGAGGAAGAUCGGAGUCGAGGUAGCAGCUUCAGCAGCUUCGGCUCCACACUCGACGCAUCAUCGUCGCUCCAUCAUGAAGACCAUUUUCAAUCAAGUGACCAUACACGACCAGCGGAUUUCGAGAAGUCCAAGUGCCACAAUCGUGGGGAUUCAGAGAAUUAUUCUCUGUUGCAGGAUGAAAGCGAGGAAAUUGUUGACCUGUUGCAUCCAGAACAAAAACCCGGGGGUUCAUCUCCAUCUUACUCUGCAUUGCAAGGACCGCCGUCUCCCUUGACCAGUGAAAUCAUGCGGCAAAUAUCAUCAACUCUGCGGUGCAACACCACCUACCUGCCCACAGUUGGCGCUGUUGCCGUGAACAUUCUGGAGUUGCAAAAGCGGAUAAGGAGAGGUGUUGACAGGAGCACGUCGGUGACGAAUGAUCGUGCAGAAGCGUCACCGGAAGCCUCGGACACUACACCAGAACCGCAAGACGGGCAACAUUUCCUGGUGUUCUGUGUCAGCGAACGAGAGAAGCUGCCGCCGUGUUCGGUGCCUCAGCCUGUGUGGGCCACACCUGGACUGUCCGGAGCAGCUGAACAAGGUGGUGUUGGAAGAAAUCCUGCCCAGACAACGCCAGAGGCGCACGACGUCGACGCGUCGCUCUACUCUCUCAACGGCAAGCGGCUCGCACAGCUGUUGCUCGCGAAGAGGUUGAAGUGGGACGAGGUUGUGAUCAUACAGGAGGAAGAGUACUUGAAUGCCUGUCGAUCAUCUUCGUCGAUGGAGGACGAUGUUGUGCCGUUCCCUGAUUUUUUCCUGGAGCAUGUCACCGCACAGCUCACGACGCCACAGGAGCUGGAUGCUGUUCAGGAGGAAAUAAAGGCCAAUGCGGACGAUUCUUAAGACGAUUUGAAUUUGAUGAUGUGACAGAGUCGCUGGGUCUCUGUGUCUCAGAGUAAAAAAUCAGCUAGGAACAUUGCUCCACCAUGUAUGAUAUGCAAAUUUUCACGGUUUAUGUGUAU